AACACGGGGAGGCGGAAGGGCCCGAGUGUUGCCGAAGCGGCCCGAGCGUGCUCGGAGGCCGGUACCGUCCGGCCCUGGGCGGUGGUUUCCGUGAGUAGCCGCCCGGCGCAGCGGCCGGCCCGGACAUGGCCUCCUUCAUCGCUCAUCCUUCCGUACGCAUCAAAGGAACAGAACACAGCUACAGCCCGGUUUUGUGCCAAGAUGACCAGUGUGCUGCCAGUAUCAAAGGGAGGCACACCCACUGUCCAUUCUGCAGCAUUUCAGAGGCUUAUCAGGACCCGUUCAUUCUCCGGGCUCACUACCGGGUCAAACACGUGGACAAGGGGCUUGACUUUGCAGGACUGAAGAUCCUGCGCUGCUGCAAUCACUGUGAGAUCGUGGGCACGAUCAAAGGGGAGAAGAAGUUCAAAGGGGCACACUGGCACUGCUACCGCUGCCGCAAUGGCUUCAACCGGCGGGACGAGGCAGUGAAGCACUACAAAACCCACUUCCGGAACCCCCACACCACCUUCCAGAUCCAGAUCACACAGGACGUCAACAGUCGCCAGUAUUACCAGCACAGCACCGAAGCCCACCCCAAGGCCUAUGGCAGCCUCCAUGUCUCCACCGGAGCCAGCGUCGAUGUGAUGGCCAUAGGCUCGGUGCUGGCCCAGACCGUCCUGGCAUCAGGAUCGCCUGUCUUCUCCCCCGACAAAGGGACAGAAAACCUCUUGGACAGCCCUGUCAAGCCCAGUGAGGGGCUGGAUCAGAACCUGCUGGAGAAACAACUGAUUGAGCUGCACCAGCAGAACCAGCAGCUGCUGGAGGAGAAGAAGGAGAUGGAACAGAAGCUUCGGGCAGAGAUCCUGCAGCUAAAGGAACAUAUUGCCAGCAUUGUCCAAGCUAACAUCCGCAUGGCAGAGGAGCUGAAACGGUACCGAACCUCAGAUGACCUGGAGAAGAAAGUCAGCAAGAUGGUUGAACAGAUGGAGUGGCAGCACCGGGAAUUGCUGCGGAUGCAGGUGGCAGCUCUGCGGAAGGAGUUUGCCCAGAAAGAGAGUCGGCUGACAAACGGCAAAUCCACACCUCCAGCAGACGCUGCCCUGGAAACCAGGGAGCCGGCUGUGACCUCCUCCAUGCACACUCUUCUGGCCAACGCUGCCCUGGCCUCCCGGUUCACCCUGCCCAACAGUCUGGUGGGUCCCCAGGACACUGUGACACCCAGGCCGUUAGACAUUAGCACUGGGGAUGUCAUUUCCUUCACUGAGCCGCCAGAAAGCUUCCCUGGCACUGGGGGCAACAGCCUGGAAAAGCUGGAGAUCGUGGAGCUGCACCUGGACACAAAACCGAGCAUAGCGAACCAGGAAGCUGGCUCCCCACCAGCUCACGUCCAGCUCCUACCCACUGGCGAAAUGAACGAACCCAUGGGACUGCUGCCUUCACCGGGCGGAGAGAAGCGGCUGGCACAGCACAUGUUGGCAAGAGAAACCAAAGCCAAACAGCAGCGGACAGUCUGAUCCCACGCGGGGAGCUUACAACACACAAGCCCUGACAGACCUCUCUCUUCCUAAGCCAGUAGCCAAACAAACUUGCCAGUUCCGUUUUGUAGCCAGUGCUUUAAACUGAUAGUUAUACAUGGUGCUGUCAGUUAUUAAACUGCCCUUAAGUUAUACAUUUAUCCAUAUAUUUAAGUAUGAAAUUCUUUCCUUGGUGUAUGUCUGGUGCGUACUGGGCAGAAAAGAGUUACACACACCUCAGGGCCCAGUUGACUUUUCUCCAACAGAAUAGAUUUAACCCCUGAAAUGCCUGUUAAUUAAACAAAAUAAAUUGAUUGUGUCAUUCCAUGGAAUGGGCAACAGGGGAGGAUCACUCGAUGAUUCCC